CAUUCAGUCAAUGAAACAGAACCGCCUCUUUGGCAGUUUCCCUGACGACGGAAAAACGAUCCAAGCAGAUUCCCAGCUGUCCUGCCCGUGGUUACCAAGGUGAUGACUACACAAAUCCAAGGAAAACAUCCGGGAACAUCGACUGAACGUGGAAUAACUGCAGGAAUAGUUUACACAGGCUAUUAAAAGAACACAACAUAAGCUUAUUGACUUAUUAGAAUAUUAUCAAAACAUGACUUCUACUUAUAUUCCAGUGUCAGGUGACAGCGACCCCCGUCUGAAACUGACUCUGGAAAACAGAACAAGAAACAUUUUUGUCACACAACUGGACGACACGAGACAUAAAAAGAAGGAAAAUGUCAACUACUUACCUGUUGUAACAGAGACAUCAAGCAGAGUCCUUGAGGCAGGAGUAAACACUUUGCAAAGGACCUUGGUUCUGAAGAAACAGGCUGAGUUGGAAGAAGUGGACAAGCAACUCAUAUUCAAAAGGCAAGAGUAUAAGAGCAGAGUGGAGGCUCUGGCUAAGAGAAGAUCUGACCUGGAAAUAAAGCAACAGCAGAUUAAAGACAGGGCGAUGAAAUUUGAGAAGUUUGUGGCUGAAAAUGAAGAAAAGCGACGUGGGGCGAUGAAGAAGUACGAGUCUGCACGAGAGCAGAACAUGUUGAAGCAGAAAGAGAUAGAUGAUCUAACUGAGCAGCUAAAACAAGUUAGAGCCAGGCAUCAAGUUUUAAAGGAGAGGAUAACAAAACACAAAAUCUAUGAGGACUACUUGGUGAAAACACUGGAUUAUUUCCCCAGCACUUACCUUGACAGUGGGUCUGACUCUUUGGUUAUGCCCAUCAUUCGGCGCCAUGAAACUCUGUCCAUCACCCACCAGCGGCUGCAACAGCGUUUGGAGCGCCUGGAGCAGGAAGUGGAGCUUGGCCAGCAACAAUUUCAGACCAUGAAACAGGAGCCAACCUUUAAAAAACUGAAGGCAAAUAAGGAACUGUCUGAACUCCAGAGUGAGUUAGAAACACUGAAAGAGAAGAACAAGCAGGCAGAGGCUAACCUGCUGAUGGAGCAAGGCCAGGCCAGAGAGAAGGUUGAAGAAAUGGGAUCUGUACUUAUGGCAGUAAACAACCUUGCAGAGCAGUGUUAUCUCCCAGCAUAUGGACCUCUGGAAAACAUGAACAUACUGACAAAGAUGGACAUGGUGAAGGAGUACAUUCUGGACCUGGCUGACACAGAGAAGAGAGCAAGGAGACUGAUGGUGUCUGGAUCUGCAAUGACCAGCAGAACAGCUCUGACAGACAAGAAAGAGAGGGGGUCGAUGAAAAGCAUCGGCAGUAAAUUGCAAAUAAAAAGUUCAAGUAAAGUCAGUAAAAAGAGUGAGGCAACAACAAGUUGAACUUUACAACUCGUCACAUCACAGCACACGAUCAACAGAGUAUCAAGUGUGAAAGUUCAUGUUUGACCCUUGAAGCAGCAGUAUCAUGAAGAAAUAAUUAACUUAAACAGGAUAAAUGACAAUACAGAAGAUACAUCACAU